GCUGAUGCUGACUGUAGACACCAGGACGUUUCGCUUCUUGGUCCAGUUCCGUCGCGAACCCGCGAGAGUGAAUAUGUUCUGUUAGCAGUGUUGGAUUCUCCGUAACACCGAUACCACAAUGUUUCCUAGCACGGCCCUGUGUGUCCUGACGGCGGUGGUGGAGUGCAGCACAUCUGUACUGUUCCGUCCUAGCUCCGAGUCACUAUUGUUAAGGGUCAUUCGCUCACACCAGACUGGUCGACCGCUACCAGACGAGACUGACCCUGUGAGGAUAAACAGUCUGAGGGUGGACUCUAGGGUGUCUUCCCGCUACGCCCACACUCUCGUCACCUCCAGUGUUACCAACCCCACAAAUAACUCCCAGCAGAUCAAGUUCAGCGUGCUAUUGCCGGAGGCUGCCUUUAUUACGGGAUUUACCUUGAAGGUUGGCGAGAAGGUGUACAGGUCGUUUAUGAAAGAGAAGCAAGAAGCAAAAUACCAGUACCAGAAUGCAUUAUACAGUGGACUCACAGCUGGACAUUUGGCAGUCAGCGCAAGAGACUCCAACCAUUUCUACAUUUCUGUUAAUGUGGAAGCAUAUGGCAGAGCGAGUUUUAAUCUGACAUAUGAACAGCUGCUGAGUAGGACAUUGGGAGUGUACAAUCAUGUGAUAAAUCUUCAUCCCGGACAGGUAGUACCUGACCUGGCUGUCACCGUGGAAAUUUCUGAGUCACAUCCUCUCACAAAGCUGUCAGUUCUCCCAUUCAACACUAAAGGACAAGUGGACAGUUACGGAGAAAACUGUGUGUGGGAGGAGGUAAAAGUCGAAAAACUCACUGAAAAGAAGGCUUUGAUCAUGUUCACUCCUUCGGUCGCAACACAGAAUCAGCUGAGUUUGGUAGAGGGUGAGGGUCUCUCUGGUCAACUCAUAGUCAGAUAUGAUGUGGAGAACCAGCCUCCAGGAGGCUCCAUAUUGGUGAACGAAGGAUAUUUUGUACACUUCGUGUCGCCCGGGAAUCUCUCCCCACUGCGAAAACAUGCCAUCUUCACGUUGGAUGUCAGUGGGAGCAUGACCGGUCGCAAGUUGGAGCAACUCAAGGAGGCGAUGGUCAGGAUCCUUGAUGACUUGGACCCAGAGGAUUUCUUCAAUAUUAUUGAAUUCUCAUAUGCUGUCACGGUAUGGAACCUGGAUUCUCUAUCAUCCAGUGCAGUUAUACAGCCAGAAAUUCACACCACAGGUCUAUGGUGGUUCAACAAGGCUGAGUUACCCUCAACUCCCUCUCCUCCCUCUGAAACUCCUCCCACCUCUUCUCCUCUACACAACUCUGUCCCCCCUUACCCUGCCACCUCCCUUUAUAUUCAGAAGGCAAAGGAUGUAAUUGAGAAAAUGACUGCGGGUGGAGGCACAAAUAUACAUGGGGCAUUAAAGACAGCCAUGUUAGCUGCAACAGCAAGUUUCAUCAACACGACUGCCAACACGACAAAACCUAAACCAGAACCCAUUGUGAUAUUUUUGACAGAUGGAGACCCAACGAUUGGCAUCACUGACCACAAUAAAAUACUCAGUAUGGUGAAGGACCUCAACGUGAAGCAGAGUGCAAUCUUCAGCCUUGCUUUUGGGGAUGGAGCUGAUCUGUCUUUCCUUCGAAGGCUAUCUCUGGCUAACAAUGGUUUUGCCCGAAACAUCUAUGAGGCUUCUGAUGUGGCAUUGCAGCUGCAGAACUUCUACCGGGAGGUGGCAUCACCUUUACUUGCCAAUGUCACAUUCUCAUACUUACCAGGCCAGGUAGUCCGGAGUUCGCUUACCUCCCAGAACUUCCACAGCCUCUUUCUGGGAAGUCAACUGGUUGUAGCAGGUCGGCUGAACAAGACCACUCAGAUCUCAGCUAAUGUCACCGGGUUGGCUAUAAAUGGCAGUACCACAUAUCAUGUUCAGUCAGAGGCACAGCCGAUAGACGACUUGUCGGCCAGCCUGUAUGGUGUAGAAUCUUCAGAAGAGGAAAUGGAAGAUGAAAGCAGAGGUGAUGCAAAAGACAAGAAACUGAAGAGGAAGAAGAAAGCAAGAGGAACAUUGGAAAGGCUUUGGGCGUAUCUCACCAUCCAACAGUUACUUGAUAGAAGACAUGUGCUGGAGACUGAGGAUGUGAAGAAAAGAGUUGUGGAACUGGCUCUCAGGUAUAACUUUGUCACUCCAAUGACGUCGUUGGUUGUGGUCAAGCCAAACCAGUCAGUAGAAAUUGACCAAGAAUCAUUGAGACCACAAUCUUUGCUGAACAGACUGUAUCCAAACAACAAUAUGAACCAAAAUACACAUCCAAGUCCAACGAGAGUAAAGUAUGAAGGCACAAGCAGUUUUAUGGAGGAAUCCACAACAAACAAAUUAUAUACUAUGGAAAGGUUACAGAACCUAACGCUGGAAGACCUGACAUGGCUGGAAGGUCUAGUAGACUGGGAGAAUGGUGCAGUUACACUACCUCUGGGGGUGAAUGGCACCAAUCAGCAGUACAGGCUGGGGAUAGAUCAGGAGGACCAGCCUCUGGGAGAUUGUACCAGUCCAAGAGGGAAGAUGGGACAGUGUCGCCACCUGCCUCACUGUGUUCUUCCCGACAUUCUAAGCAGUGUUACCAACUAUAUACGUUAUUACUGCCCCCUCCCCAGCGGUUUUGCUGGGAUAUGUUGCCCAGACUUACACCACGUGACGACAACUGAACGAGUAGAAACUACAACAGGAGACACAUCUUUCACCACGACAGAACCCAUCGAUACGACCGAAUCCCUCUCUUAAGUCUGAUCUAGUUAUAAGUAUUGUACAGUUAAAGUAGGUUAGCUCUAGCUUUAUUUAUGAUGUCUAUUUUUGUAAUAAAACACUUCAAAGUAUCAA